GCCCUCGACAAUAUGGAAAUGCACGUGCAGUAUGGCCUGAACCCUGAACCUCUCCUUUCACUGAACUUCAUCCACAUUCCCCAUAUCCCUACCUCUCGUCUUCCCCUCCCACUCAUUCCACCUACCGCUCGACCCAUCUUCGAUCCUCGUCAUUUUACUGCAUCGCACCAUCAUGCCUAAUAGCUCAGAAAGCCGAUAUAUCAGGCUUGAAUUCAUCAGUGGAAAGAAUCUUAGAGUCCCUUCUGGGCGCAUACCUGCAGGCAUUUACGUAUCCAUCAAUGUCGACUCCCGGAAAUGCUGGAAAUCGGUCAUCAGUGUGUUAUUAUCUGAUGAAUCUGUAGCAUGGGGGAAUACUGUGACUCUAUCAUCGCAUGUCUCACCUGUGUUAUCAAUGGAGAUCAGGGCAUCCUAUGAGGUCGAUCGAAUGCUAGGUAGUGGAGAGAUCAUCGGGAAACUUCAAAUGUCGUGGGAUGAGCUGCUGGGUCAUGGAGACGAGUCAUUUGAUCUAUCCUUCCCACCCAUUCGUGAUGUCUGCCCUUCCCUCACGCUGAAGGCCGCCGUAGUACAUGCUUAUGAUGGUCAGGAUAGCACACUAUCUGAUUCCCCCGUAUACAGUGAUAUUGCUCGAGACACAGAUGCAGGCCAUGCACGAUUUGCCGAAUACGCGACGAGCGGGACGGUCUCUCACCUGAACGAUGCUGUGCAGCAUUUUCAGUUGGUUCUUGACCAGUGUCCGGUCGGCCAUCCUGAUCAUGCAGCAGCUCUCACCAACCUCGCGUAUGCCCGCCUUGAAGGGUAUAUUCGGAACCAUCUUCAAGACAUCGAUACCACCAGUUCCCUCUUCCGCGAAUCCCUUGCAUUGUGUCCGCAGGGUCAUCCCGAUCACCCGUCAUCCCUCCAUAAUCUCAUUAGAGCAUUGAUAUGGCGUCACAGCAAGGAGUCUACCGCUAUCCACAUUCACGAAUCCGCGCAGCUGUGCUGCACGCUACUGCCCCUCUGCCCAGAGGGCACCUACCUUCGUAGCAUCGGCGUAGACAGUGCGGUCGAUUAUGUGAUCAACAAUCUUCCUGUCGACGCAUCUGACGAAGGCAUCCACCUUCGACGAAAUGUGCUCGAGCUUUGUCCUGUGGGCCAUCAACUCCGUCCAAGAGCCCUCGCCACACUUGCACAUGCGGUCCAUGUACGCUUCAACCAACGCGGCAGCAUUGAUGAUGUGGACGAGGACAUACGACUCCAUCGUGAAGCGGUGUCUCUGUGCUCAGAGGGACAUUCUGAUCGCGGUAGCUACCUGAACAACUUGGCCUACUCACUCGUGAACCGCUUCAAUCACCAAGGCAAACCUAAUGACCUCGACGAGGCGACCACUUUGUACGAAGAAACACUGCGUCUGUGCCCUGUUGGGCACGAAAUUCGUGACAUCUCGUUGGACAACCUAGGGGGCGCCCUUGCCAGCCGUUUCUACAAACGCGGGGACAUUGAUGACAUCACCCGAGCUAUCAGCCUGCGUCGCGAGGCACUGACGUUGCGCCCACUUGGGCAUCCACAUCGUGACAUCAGACUUAACAACCUUGCCCACGCGCUCCAACAGAGAUAUGACAAAUUACAUGUCGUCGAGGAUCUUAACGAGGCCAUUGAACGAUAUCGUGAAUCCCUUCGGUUAACGCGGUUUGACGAUCCAGAGCGCCAUGGACCUCUUUACAAUUUGAGCUCGGCGCUCUGCUCUCGUUUCAUGCACACUCAGCAGAAUGAAGAUGUCGAGGAAGCUAUUACUCUCUGCCAAGAACCGUUGGCGACUUUGCCUUCACUGCACCCAGCCAGAUGGUUCGGCUACAGAUGGCUGAUGGAAGCCCAUUUAUCUCGUUACCGGAUUCUACAUGACCCUGCUGAUUUGUCACUUGCCAUAAAUAACUUCAGACUGGCAUCGGGACACCCUACUCAAGGCUUUCCGAAUCGUAUCCAUACUGCCUUGCACUGGGUUGCUGAAGCUGAAGGUCAUCAGCAUGACUCUGCCCUCGAAGCAUACCAAGUAUGCUUGGAGCUUUUCGACAGCCACGUGAUGACACGAUCGUCGAUCGUCUCACGGCGCGAGGCUGCAACCGCUUUUCGUGGUGCACAAUCACUGCCGGUAGAUGCAGGCUCACGUGCCAUACGUAGUAGUAAUCUACGACAGGCAGUUGAACUUGUGGAGCAGGGCCGUGGCCAGCAGUGGUCGCUGGCCUCUCGACUCAGGACUCCGCUAGAAGACCUAACGUCUACGAGUCCGCAACUAGCUCAAAAGCUGCUGGAGCUCAGCAAGCACCUAUCUCAUGCUCAGGGUGCUGCGGGCAGCGCUGGCCCAGCUGCAGCUGAUCAAGCAGCAACAGAAUACAGGAGACUUACAAGGCAGUGGGAAGCUGCGGUAGCUGAGAUACGUGGUCUUCAGGCGUUCUCGCGGUUCCUGCUCCCACCUUCGUAUGAAUAUCUGCAAGCGGCAGCACGCCAGGGCCCUGUCAUCAUCCUCAUUGCCAGUCAAUAUUCAUGCAGCGCCAUCAUCGUCUCGACGUCAGGAGACCCCCAUCAUGUUUCCUUACCGUCUAUCUCUCUCACGGAACUGAAUAAUCUCAAAGAUCGCUUCGCCAGGGCAAUACGACACGCGUCUAUCAUGGGCCCAAAAGUACCGCGUAAUGAUCUAAUAGUCCUCUUGCGGACAGUAUGGGACGCGAUCAUGCUACCCAUCGUCAACGUACUCGAGAACGUCCUCGAACUAAAGCACCGCUCUCGAAUCUGGCUAUGUCCUACUGCAGCUUUCACGUCUAUUCCCCUUCAUGCAGCUCACCCCUUUCAAACAAAGGCAGAUGGAUCCAAGGAGCCAUGCCUGGAGGAUCUCUACAUCUGUUCUUACACGCCGACACUAUCGGCUCUGGUCAGAUCUAGACAGAUGAUGAAGAGGCGUGUCACUCCGUCCUUCGGGACAAUCGGACAAGGUCAACCGGGUGCAGGGAAAGGCAAGGCGCUCUUGGCUGUCGACAGCGAGCUCGAGCUUGUCCAUAAGUUGGUCCCUGCAACGGCCAACCAUACUACUAUUUCUGGGGACGCAGCGACACGAGCAGGUGCACUCCAAGCUUUGGAAGAGAACACCUGGGUGCACCUCGCUUGUCACGGAAAGCAGGACCCUACGCAGCCUUACAAUUCGCAUUUCGUCAUGAGAGAUGAACAUCUGACGCUGCUCGAUAUCAUGGAGAGAGACAUCCCGCACGCCGAGUUCGCAUUCUUAUCUGCUUGUCAUACCGCCGUUGGGGAUGAGGAAACUCCUGACGAAGUCAUUCAUCUCGCAGCUGGUCUCCAGUUUUCGGGGUUCAAGAGCGUCAUUGGCACGCUGUGGGAGGUCAACGAUGCUGUCGCAAAACACGUCGUUGAAGCGUUCUACAAAUAUAUGUUCAUGGAUUUGAAGGAUGGUGCCGGUAGUGUGAUGGACUGCACGAGGGCGGCCUGGGCCCUCAACCGUGCUACACAUGCGGUGAAGACGAAAGUGCCGCUAGAGCAGAGGAUGGUUUUCAUUCAUAUUGGUGUAUAGUUCUUGCUGUAUCACUCUCAUCUGGUACGGUUUUAUGGGUCCUUUAUGUUGCACUCUAUUCCAUCCACGUUGUACUUCAAGUUGUAGAAUUAAUCUGUUAUGCGUCUAUCACAUGAUACUAUGCUCCAUUUAUCUUAUUUUUGCGUUCGCGGUAUUUUUGUCUACUCUAGAGUCUUCAGCAAAGUCAUUCAUUGCUUGAUGGCAAGGUGUGUA